AUGGCUCAUGGCUCCGAGUCGGUCGUGUCCGAAGCGCUGCGCCAACUGUACAACCCGCUGAGCUCACCCCGCACGCGAGAACGUGCCGAUACGCUACUGCAGCAGGUCCAGCGCUCGCCCAGUGCUGCGCAGGCCGCGUUGGCCGUGCUGCAAGCGCCACUCGUUGACACGGAAGAUGUCGAGCACAAUGCGUUUGUGCGUAUCAGACGCGCGUUCUCAGCGUCCACGAUGUACGGGACAGUGGCCUCUUUCAGUACGGACAAUGCAGGCGACUGGACGUCGGUGGAUCAAGACGCACCUCAGCACGAGAGAGACGAUAAGCACUUCAAAGUGAUGGCGCUUGAUGUCUGGAAUGUGCUGACUGGGCUCAAUGGGACCAAGGAGGAGUUGCAGGUUCAGACGCAUCUGGCCCUCACGGUUGCCGUCCUUUUGUUGCGGAUCCUUGAGCCUCAAGGGGACAAUAUAAUGGCUCGUGCAGUGGAAUCGCUGGUUGAAAACCAACAGUAUCCAGUCUGUGAUGGUGUCACGACUGCGCUGACAAACUUUGCGGUGUUGCUGACACUAAAAGUUCUUCCGGAAGAAGUGAAAAAUAAACGCGUCCACUUUACCUCAGCUAAGCGUGGACAGUGCAACGACAUGGUGACGGAGUGCGCCCCGCACGUGGUUCAAACGAUUCUUCCAUCCAUUGCGGCUGCUAUUGAUGCAAGUGGAGAGCAAGAACAAUUGCGCGGUCUGUUGCUACAAACUGUGGCAAGCUGGAUGGACCAUGGCACUGUGGUCCCAGCAGUGCUCAUUGAAAAUGGUUUGCUCGACCGCUCGUUUCGUGAAACACUCGUGCCAGCUACUUCAGUAUACGCCUUUCAGGUUGUACGAGAAGUAGUGUACGCGUGUCGUCACGGAGAACACGUAGAGCUGAUGGAGAUUGUGAUGCGCAAAUUUGUAGAGCUUGGAAAGCAUAUUCAAGAGCGUAUCGCGGGAUCCGAAAAUAGCGUGGCUUUUUGCCUUGUCGACAGCGCAAGAGCAAUGUCAGAAUGCGGACAAGCCUUCAUCAUGUAUUUUGUGGACUGCACCCAGGAUGUGCAAUCUGGGUCUUUGGUGUAUGAAUUUCUCGACACGAUUCUGGUUUUCACGUCUUCAAAUAAUCUUGACGUCUCUAAUGAGACGAUCGAUUUCUGGAUUCAUUUUCGCACGUAUGUAUCGGGCAAGCACGAACAGCACAUGUGCAUAUUUGAGCCGUUCAUUUCACGCUUGUUGACCAUUCUGAUUGAGCGGACCCAGUAUCCCGAGGGGUUUAAGUAUUUCUCGGAAGCUGACAAAGAGCGCUAUCAUUUGUACCGAAGCGAAGUGCGCAACGUUUUUCGCGCACUCGCCACGGUCACAGUUGCCAGCGAAGACGAGUUUAUUGUUGAUGCUAUUCACGCGAUCUUCCGACAGUACGAAGCUGCUGACUCGAGUAAACUUUUACCAUCAAAUUGGUGGCAGCGCACCGAAGUAUACGUGCACGCGCUUAGCGCACUCUCAAAGUCGAUUCGCGAGGAAGACACGUCGCUCGUUCCAAGGCUGUUUGAAUGCUUGUCGCGAAAGGAGCCGUCUCACUACGCACUCGUACGCACCAUCACCAUAUUUCUUGGUGUGACGAGCCACUGGUUUGCUCGACACCCUGAGUACCUGUCGACAUUCGCGUUUCAGAUCAUCUCCAAUAGCUUCGAGCUUACUGAGAAUGAUGUCGAAUUUCCGACUAGUCAGCGUGACACAGAAGAUCACGUUGGGGCUGUGGCGCUGUGUAAACUGACGCUUCGAUGUGGUUCACACUUUUUCAAUCCGCUGUGGAUCGACGCACUGGUGCACCUGUACCGCUCAAACUUGGCGGCAUUAGGCGGGUUGACGUGUGAACGGUUGAUGGGCAAUAGCGCAAGACUUGUCGUGGACUCAAUCUGCAAUAUCCUCGCCACAGUAUCAUAUGAGAAUGCCCUCCCUGUAGUGGACGAACUCAGUGCUAUCAUGUUCGCCGACCUUGCAGCGCGUUACAGUCAGCUAACUGUGGUCCCAGUAGAUUUCUUGUGUGAGAUAUUUGACCACCUGCUCGUGCUAGCCACCAGGGUCCCGAUGCAGGUAGACCGAGAGACUUCACAUCCUGUUCUCUGUGUGCUGCAAAAACAAUGGGGAGUUUUGGAGACCAUUGUGUGCGUACACGGCUGCUGUGAAAAAGUGACUGAGCGAUUCUGUGCACUUCUCGUCGGUGUCUUCGAGUCUUUACGAUCCCAAGCGCUGGAGCUAGCAUCUGCAAUCAUGCCAGCGUUGGUGGAACAAUUAUCACGGAGUCAUGAUGGCAGUUAUCUUGGUGUGAUACGAAGCAUCUUUGGUUGCGCUGGGAAUGACGAGGCUACAGCGGUAAGCCUGACACGCGUGAUGAUCAUAACGAGUGAGAGCUCUAUGAACAAGAUUGCGGCAGACGGCAGUGUUGAUAAAAACCCUGGACUCACUAUAGCGCUGUUGUCGUUAGUGGCGACUUGCGCCACAUACCACCCGUUGAUCCUGGUCCAGUCGAAUCAGCUGGAGGGUGCGCUGGCACUGGCUUUACAUGCACUCAAGUCGCUAAAUCCUGAAGUCGAAGCGGCAGCUCUCAACUUUCUACUCGAGUUGGGCUCGUUGUACGGCCAGAUCCGUCGUACUCCAGACCACCUGCUUCAGGGUUCUGAGUUCACAGGCAAGAUGCUUCUUCACCAGCACAUCCAGACACUGUUGUUUGAUAAAGAUGUUCAGUACCACGUACUCAUAGCUCUGUUUGUUGCCGGGGCUCGGGGUACGCCGCCCAACUCGGUUGGAAAGAUAGCGGAGGUUGUUCAGUCUUGCUGGGUCCAUUUCGGACGACUACGAGCUGAAGCGCUUAUCCAUCGCCUUCUAUUCGACACGAAUUUUGCAGGAUCGCGAGUUAGUGAGCGCGCUCGAACCGAUUUCCUCGACCUCGUAUCCACUCCUGCAUGCAUCGAAGACUCGCGUAAAUUCAAGCGCGUACUGAAGACAUUCUGCGACCACCUCAGGCGCAAGCUUAUUACUCAUAGUGCGAACAGAAAUGUGAUCGCUUCGUAA